AUAUAAAUGUAUAUAUAAGCAUGUAAUUAGUGAAAGAUUCAUUAGUCAUCGUUAACCAACACUAGCUCGUUUCAAGCAACCGCAAAGAAGUAAAUUACAUUUGCUCCCAAGAUGGCCCCUAAAUCUUCCAUGUCAGCUCUUCUCUUCAUCGGGUGUCUGCUGUUCCUUAAUGUCCAAGCCAAGGAAAUUGGACAGCUUGUGUCCUGUUCAAUGAAGGCCUGCGUCGAAGACCCUGGCAAGUACUUCGAAUUCAAUACCAGCUACUACGUCAUGCGUACCUGUGCUGAUGGAAUGUUCUACGAUCCAUUGAGGUGUGGAUGCUCCCUUUACUAUCCUGGUUUCCUACAAAAGGUCGGUUACACACACUACAUCAACCUUCUCAGAAAGAUAAGGUACAUCCCGGUCGUCCACAGCGACUAAGGAGGAGUUCCCCCUGCUCUGUCCAUGGAUCAAAUCACACUAAAUUCAAAACAAGAGCCCUCACAACAAUUUUAACGUUGCAUUUUGUUUCUUUGUUGCUGUUGCUCUCGUUUUUUGUUUUGUUUUCAAGCCAAAUGAAAUAAAAAGCUAAAUUUGAUCAAUUUAAAAAUA